GGUUUGGUCACCAUGGAGAAACGCAGCAUCAGUCCUUCCAUCGCCGACUCCCAGGAGAUCGAAUCGUUGUAUCUGGAACUAGACACGCCGUUACCCACACCAUGCAUCUCUUUGCCACCAGGACCAGGCCAAUCUGCCGCGCCCGAACCACCAAAUCUGGAAAAAUACACAUCGCCGUUCUUAUGGCCGCGAUGGCGCAAGUCGCUUAUGACGUAUAUUUCUUGCGCUGUGACGGCUCUGGCUGGAUAUUCGGCUGGUGAGGUUAGCCCAGCAUCAGAUGAACUAUGCAAAGAAUGGGGUAUCAGUCCUGUUGUCUACAACCUCAGCAUCACUCUAUUUUGUGUUGGCUUCGCCCUGGCUCCUAUGAUUCUCGCCCCCUUUUCAGAAAUUAAUGGUCGACGCCCUAUCUUCAUUGCCAGUGGAGUCUUGUUUGUUGCCUGCUUGCUGGCAUGCGGAGGAACUCACAUCUUUGCCGGCUUGCUGAUCGCUCGUUUCUUCCAGGGCGUGGGUGGCUCGACAUUCUCCACUAUGGUGGGUGGUGUCAUCAGUGAUAUCUACCACGCAGAGGACCGAAACACUCCGAUGGCCCUCUUUUCAGGCUCUGCACUAUUCGGCACCGGCCUUGCGCCCCUACUAGCGGGCGCUGUGGUUACGCAUACCUCCUGGCGUUGGAUUUACUACUCACACGCCAUGGUUUCGGCAGUCUUUGUUGUUAUCAUAUUCUUCUUCUUCAAAGAGACCCGCGGCAGUGUUCUGCUGAGCCGAAAGGCGAAAGCUCUCAAUACCUAUUAUGAACAGUUGGAGAAGGCCGGCCACCACGGCGUUUUCAUUUCCAGUGACGACUCAACGGAGAAGUCAGUGAAGCGCAUUCGAUGGAAAGUCAAGAGCGACGAGCAGCGUGAUUCUCUGGCUACCAUGAUUCAGAUCUCCGUCUAUCGGCCGCUUCGUGAGUUCUUUCAUUUCCCCAAAUCCUGCUCCACCGAGCUGAUGCUGAUACCUCUUCAAGACAUGCUUGUCACAGAGCCUGUCGUUUUCUUUUUCUCUGUCUGGGUCUCUUUCAGCUGGGCCACAUUGUAUCUUCAAUUCAGCUCCGUUCCUUUGGUGUUCCGCACGAACCAUGGAUUUAACGUUGAGCAGACAGGAGCUGUCUUCACCGCUAUGUGUGUCGGUGUUGUUCUGAUCACAAUCAUAAGUAUAUCGCAAGAAAAGAUCGCGGCACGAUUCGGAAAGCUCUCUUCCUCUGCCGAAGGCCGCCUUUAUUUCGUCUGCGUGGAAUCAAUCUUGUUGCCCAUUGGCCUGUUCUGGUUCGGGUGGUCAUCGUUUCCAUCUGUCCAUUGGAUUGUACCCUCGAUGGCUGUGGGCUGUGCGACUAUGGGUAUCUUUUCUAUCUAUUUAGCUACCUUCAACUACCUAGCAGAUGUUUAUCACCGAUACGCGAGCUCUGCAAUUGCAGCGCAGUCAUGCUGCCGGAAUUUGCUUGGUGGUGUUUUCCCAUUGGUGACAACUGCUAUGUUUACCAAUCUGGGAUUUCCCGAGGCCUCAAGUCUUCUCGGUGCAAUUGGUGCUGUACUUACGCUUGUCCCUUGGGUCCUGGCAUUUUACGGGCCGAAAAUCCGGGCAAGGAGCAAAAUGGCCAGUGAACUUGCUCAUUAA